AACAAUUUUAUGAGUAAAGGGAAAGCAACACUUUGGUUUUCUUGUGACUAAUUAAAGUUUUGUGAAUUUAAUAAAAUAUAGUUUUUGUGUGAAAUUGAUUGUGAAUCGCUGCAAAAAUGUGCGAAAUCAAAGACAAAAAAGGCGGCACUACACGUGCUGAGCACAAAAAGUUAACUGUCGCUACUAUCGAAGGCGGCAAUGUUAUUGCCAGUGUGUCGGAACCCAGUAAAGGUGCUGAGUAUUUUGAACAUGCAUUGGAAGCUACAACAUUUGGCAAAUUCAAUUAUUUGCUUAUACUGGUAUCCGGAUUAAUAUUGGCUAAUGUGCUGCUGGAAACGCUGGGUAUCAGCUUCGUACUGCCUGUCUCACAAUGCGAUCUAAACUUGAGCAUACAGGAGCGUGGCAUACUGAGCGCGAUCGGAUUUGCUGGCAUUAUUAGUAGUUCCCACCUCUGGGGUUUCUUAGCAGACACAACUGGCCGGAGGAAUAUUAUUCGUCCUACUUUGUUGUUGGGUUUCGUUGUAACGGUAUUUUCAAGCUUUGCAACAAAUUUCUGGUUAAUGGUGAUAUUGCGUUACAUCAAUGGAUUUUGCAUUUCCGGUGGUUCAGCAACUAUUUAUGCAUUUUUGGGUGAAUUCCACACUGCCAAGAAUCGUUCACGCGCUAUUAUGGGCUCAGCGUUCAUAUUCGGUGUUGGCUCUAUGCUAAUGCCUUGCAUCGCUUGGUUGGUCAUCAACCAGGAGUGGCGAUUUGUGAUUCCCUACUUGAAUCUUACCUACAAGCCUUGGCGUUUCUUCAUGGUUGUAUGCGGCAUUCCUGGAUUCCUGUGUGGCUUGGCCUUAUUCAAGAUACCAGAGAGUCCAAAAUUCUUGCUCAGCCAAGGCAAUGAUGAGAAAACACUUGAGAUUCUACAGAUGAUGUUCCAUGUGAACACCCACAGACCACGUGAGGAAUAUCCGUUUUCUCAUGUGGUUGAAGACAUCGACAGCGCUAUGAGUCCCAAAAUUCAACGAGAGCGCAAUCCGAACCCCGCUAUUGCUCUCCUUCGCUCCAUGUGGGAUCAAACUCAGCCACUCUUCAAUCGCGAAUACAUGCGCACCACCAUUCUCAUUUGUUCGAUCCAGUUUUGGAUUUUCGUCACAUCCAACGGCAUGUACAUGUGGUUUCCACACAUUCUCAAUAGCCUGGCUGAGUUUAUGAAUGAGAAUCCCGGCAAUCGUACUUAUAUGUGUGAGGUGGUCUACAGCAAGCAAAAGAGUAUUUUUAACUUCGAGAGCGCACAUGGCGCUGCAGUAAGUGAUGGCAUUAGCUUGGCACCAGAACAAUGCAAUGAAAAGUUAGAGAUCUCAACAUAUCAACACUCUUUAGUAUUGGAGGUGCUCUAUGCUGUUGGCUUCGCCGUCAUUGGUGCGGUCAUCAACAAAGUGGGCAAGUCUUGUAUACUUUUUGUGUGCCUAGCUGGCUGUGGCGUUUGUGGUAUAGCGGCUACCUAUGUGGAUGUUCCUAUGGUUGCCAUUUAUCUCUAUGUCAUCUUGCUGCUUUGUGGAUUAGGUAUUAAUGUGUUAAGUGCUGCCACCGUCGAGCUAUAUCCCACGCGUUUGAGAGCUAUGGCAGUUUGCAUAUCGCUUAUGAUGGGUCGCAUGGGUAGUGUUGUGGGCGCAAAUGUUGUUGGCGCUCUCCUAAGUAACCACUGCGAUACUGCAUUUAUUGUCUCGGGAGUAUCGUUGAUCUUGAGCGGUUUUCUUGGGUUUCUCAUAAGAAAACCGGGUAAAAAGAGCGGGAUAAAAGUACCGUCGCGUCGCACUAGUCUGGUCUCAAUGACGGGGAACUAAUUAACUAAAUCGUCUAAAGCCAUUACCGGCGUGUGGUGCAUCGAACAGCUAGAAUUUAUUAUUUGAUAGUUAGUGCAUGUUUUAAUGCUUCGUUUGUGAAACAUUGUGGUCUGAUAAGUCUGAUUGUAAACGACAGAAUACCUGAUAGUAUAUGUUAGGGCUACAACUACAUACUUAUUAAUUAUACAUAUCGUUUUAUUUAGGUACUACUCAGUAGUUUUAAGACAUUGCUUUUUAAAAGCAAUACUUUUAUGAAAUGUAUUUUGGA